AUGACUUCGGCAGAUCUAGAAAAAAACUACGUGUCUGAUCCCAGUGCAACAAUCAGUUUCCAUGCAGGACAGCAGCAAUAUGAGAUUGAUUUUAAACGUAAGAGUGUUUCUCAGUAUUGUGUACAAUUACCAAAUUACUUAAUAUGUACGUGAUCUGACUCUUGGAGGACUCCUGCUGCUCCCCUUUGUAUCUUUUUGCAAUAUUUCUGAUAUAUUUACUACUUUUUUCCUUUCUCCUCCUAAUAGUUUUUUUUUCUUUCUUUUCCCCUUCUUUCACCGUUGCUCCUCCAGAUGCCAUUCUUGUUUUAUUCUAUCCCCAUUCUUCUGUAUUCUUUAUAUUAGUUGAUUGUGCUGCAUUGCAUUUUACAACAUGCCUUAUACAGUUUUAUCUAAUGUUAUUUAUUUUUGUAUUACUAUUGGUCACAAAAAUUGCAUGGUUGUGUGUCAUCGUAUUCUCAGUGUGCCUCAGUAAAUCUCAACAGAUUAAUAUACUAGUUAUUGGAAAAAGUGUAUCUUAAAAAAUCAGUUCCACUAGAAAAAAAUAAAGAAAAGGUAAUUAUAUUCACUAACAUGGCCUUGCGGAUGGCUUCUGAGACUAACUAACAUACAUCUUCACCUUUUUCAGUUAUAACGCCAACCUACCUAAUACUUCUCAUCUCUUGUCCCCCAAAUUCCUCUCUCCUGCUCCAACCUCACCCAAUUACCUAUAUCUCUUGCCCCCCAAUUUCUCUCAUCUUGUGCCUCUGCUUUUUGUGCUCCUCUCCUUGUUCCCCUGUGCGAAUACUCACACCUAAUCCAACUCCCAUUUACCUUAUGCUCCAAUGGCCUCAUGACUAUCACAUUUCACCCAGUUUCCCUCACCUCAUCAUGUUAUCAGGCAACAGGUUGCUUCAAAAUGACAAGACUGAUGACUCUAGCAGCGGCAGCACUCUUCAUGUUAGUGCAGGGCAGGCUGCGUGGAGGCGCCCCAACUGGUCUGUCCUCCCCUGGGUACCCUAGAUCUCCUUAUUAUACUGCGAGGCCCAACAAAUAAGGUGUACCCUUUGCCUUGUAAUAUUCAUAAUAACAUUACCGAUAAAGGCAUUUAAAACCUUGCCAUCUGGAAAAGCUUUUAUUCUUGUGUCCUCCAGCCUUCUGUCUGGAAGCUUCCUAGUCAACAGGUUGGAAAUGGAUUAUAAAGUAUUUUAUUAAUGUAUACCACCAGCAGUUAUAUUUAACAUACCUCAGGGUCACUGGCCACAAUGCUGACACACUUAAAACAUAACUAACACUUCCCUGGAAGUGCAAUUCUUUGUUCUUUUACCCCUUUAAUCCAGUAUGUGGUUUUUACGCGGGUGAAUAAAGCAGUGGAGAUAAGUAAAACAAAUACUUUUUUGUUUUCCCUUAUGGCCCGAAAGAAAGCUCUCAUGCAGUGUGCUAUACAUAUACAUGCCAUACACAAACAUGCAAACACAAACAUGCCAUAAACAAACAUGCAGACAAAAACAUGCCAUACACAAACAUGGCAGACACAAACAUGCCAUACACAAACAUGCAGACACAGGCAUUCUUUCAGUUGUGCUGAAUGUGUGUAUGUGCUGUGCGUAUGGACUGCAGGUAUUAAAAUAAUUUAUACAUGCUGUGCCCUGGGAUGUAAAUUACAAAAAUGCGGACUUUUGACUUAAAAAAAAAAAAUCCUCAACCAAUAGCUACAUUACAAUUGUUCAGUUGAGAAAAAAUAUCACAAACAACAGUUUCUUUUUCAUAUUCAGUGGACAGCGGCAUUUGUAAUCUCCCCUAGUAUUUAUUCCAAGCUCAUCUCCUGCACUAUUUUUUUUUCUGGUGGAAAUUCACCCCUCCCUAUUUCCUCUGAUUCAAUACUUAUUCUAAAAAUGUAUGAAAACAGACAUGGGCUUCCAUAGUGAAUUACACCCCUUUACUCCCCCCAAUGUAGUGUAUUAUCAGAUGGAGCAUUCACAGAAAGAUAUCAAAUAAAAGAUAUGGGGGAUAUAUUCUAGUACAUUGUUCCGGUUGUACUGUAGACUGUAGCAUCGGAACAAUUUAGGCAGCCUACAGUACCAUCAGAACAAUUUAGGAGAUUUUAGGGAGGUUAAUUACUGUUUAUCCAGUUUAUAUAAUAAAGGUAUAAUUCACUAUGGAAGCCAAUGUCUAUUUUUGCACUUUUUCAGAAUAAGUGUUGACUAAGCUCCACAGGGCAUGGAAAGGUUUUUAAAGCCUUCCCAUGCCCUGCAAUUUGACUCAGAGCGCCCAUAGGUGGGCACCGGGGAGGUAGGGGAGGGAGGAGACAAUAGGUGUGUUCUCCCUUUUGUCACUUAAAGCCCCGACCCACCGCUGAUGGGUGGGGCCUGGAGGGGUAGGCAGUUGGCCACUUAGGCUUGACUAGCUUGUUUGGCCUACAUUUUAAAUUUUGGCUUUUAUUUCACAACUUGUCUUUGUUUAAUGAAUGGAUUCCUUUAGUUAUUUUGUAUUUUUAGAUCUUUCUGAGAAUAGGGGCAUUUGAUGCAUUCUGUGGGCUGGAUUCUUUCAGCAGACUUAAGGUUUACAAUUCUCCAUGAAUGUUAGUGGAGGAAUUCCGAUUUGGUAAGCAGACUAAACCGUUAAAGGAAUACUGCAAACAAAUAAAGCACUUUAGCUGGCUUCUUACACCUCCCCAGCUGUCAGAGACAUGGAAUUGGCAUUCAGAGACAUGGGCACAGAAAGGUUGUGCUGAGGAAGUAGGUGAGGGCUUGGGGUUGUUGCAAAUACUAUGUCUGAAGCUAUUGCAAGCCAAGGUGGCAGAUCUACUAAAUUGUUAUUUAUUCUAAAAUUAUGUGUUCUUUUAACCCCUUAAGGACCAAGCUUCUGGAAUAAAAGGGAAUCAUGACAUAUCACAUAUGUCAUGUGUCCUUAAGGGGUUAAGAAAAUCCAGCCUUCUGUUUACUAGUAACAGUUUAAUAAUUAAUAAUUUGAUAACAGAUUAAUGGCAUGGGUGCAGGACUGAUUCCUCCCAGCCGUUGUUGGAUUACAGUUUCCAUAAUUAUUUCCUAGCAAUGAUCUAGCAGAGAAGUGUGGGAACUGUAGUGCUCUUUGAAUGUGAUGUCAGGGAUACCAGGAUUUGGGGGUGCUACCAUGCUAAGGUCUCCAGGAAUCCCUCGAAACAAGACUAUACAACACACUAGAGCUAAUAAAAUAAUUUGUUCAUUUUAUUUUCCCUUUAGUUAUGACACAGAGGAAUAUGGUGUAUAGAACUCAGAGAGAAGUGCGCAGAAGGCCCAAAUUCCUGUCUAUUGAUGAUGUGACAAAACUGAAGGGCAGGUAAUCAAGUUCUGAUAAAAUUUGCCUAUUUGUGGAUUUGUUUCUGGAACUUUUUGCUAGAUGGCUGAAGUCUGCAUUACUUAAUAAUAUAUAUAUUUUUUUAAAGUACAAAAUCAAGUUCCUCCAAUACCAUACAAAAUUCUCCUCUGAGGACUGCAGAGUAUCCUGAACAUUGGUACAAAGCAUCAAUGCCAGAAAUUGGCCAUGAGGUAAUUUGAUAACAGAUUAAUGGCAUGGACUGAUUCCUCCCAGCCGUUGUUGGAUUACAGCUUCCAUAAUUAUUUCCUAGCAAUGGCAGAGAAUUGUGGGAACUGUAGUUUAAUAAUUUAUGGAAAGCUGUACUUCCACAGACCUGUUUACCAGUUAUGAUAUCAUAUCACAGUUUCCGUUUUUAUUCAUUUACCUUUCAAGUGAAUUAAUUAAUUUAUAAACAUGCCAAAUUAUUACCAAAUGUAUAAAUAAUGCUUUAUUUCUAUAUUUCUUUUGUAAGUUACACCUCUUUGCUGCUAAACUUGAGACAAAACUUUAAAUUACAGACUGUGGAUCUACAUACAUCGGUCUCCUCACACUGACUAAUGUGUGCUUUCUAGGGAUGUCACGAUUAGCAUUGUGGGAGUUUGAUGAUUCAUGUACAUCCACUGUGAUGGGCAUAAUAUUUCUAUAGGAGAAAACAAACUUCAGGCAGACAUAUAUUUUAAUCUGUACAUUUGGUACCAAGUUUGCUAGUGUGUUGGUGAAUAUAUUCCUAAUUUAUUACCUAGAGGAGGUUGUAUUUUGAAAUGAGGACAGGUACAACUUAAGCUAGAAUGAGCAGAUUGCUUACUGAGCAAACAUACAAAUGUGGGGUACAUUAAAAUAAAGUGUUGCUGCGCAGAAUACAUUCUUGUAUAACUCUACUAAAUAAUAUGCUAUUCUGGUCACACGUGCUUAGAGGAACAGUCCAACUACUAUAAACAGUACAACUCUCUCUCUCUGUUAUGAUCAUGGUGCCCGGAGUGCAUUAGUGCCCAUCCCAUUUUAAGUAGUUCAAACCGUUCUUAGGUGACAUUCUCAGCCAAUGAGAUAAGCCCUGCAUUGCAGUUCUUCACUCUGGAGUGCUAAUGGAAAUUCCAGCUUUGGAACUUCUGUCUCCCCACCAUUAGCAGUGGAAGCAGUGCCUGCAGGGACCCAGGUAAGAACUCGUGGGGGCACCAGGAUAUCAGCUAUAGUGGAUAUGGUAAUUAAAGUGUUCCUUUAAAAGAUAAUUUGAUGACAUAAUGUACUAUAUGCUUCAUAGGUUUUGUUCUUUUCUGCAUGCAAACUUCCAAUGUGUUUAAUAAAAACUACAAAGAUAAUCUUUAGUAUAUCUCAGAUUUUAUCAGGGUUGUUCAGUAAAGUGAGAAUACAAGGUGAAGUCAAAGUGAAUUUCAGAUUUAAGGUGAACAAAACUGGAAAAAUUCUCUUAGUCAGCUGUGCUUUCCAUUUAGCUGCUCUAGCCUUUGAUUUGAAAUUAAUUUUGAAUUCUCACUUUUGUAAAUAACCCUGUAUGCAUUUAAUAUGUUGUAUAGAAGGUUUCAAGGCUUGUGGAAUUUAAUUUGUGCUAUUUAUUUGCAAGAAAAAAAAAAUUUAAUUAACAAUUCUGCAGAUUGACUCCAUGGAGUAAAAGUAGACUUGUUAUCUCCAUGGUAAAUAUCUUCAUUCAUUAGAUUAUUCUUUAUAAAGCGCCAACAAAUUCCACAGCGCUGUACAAUACGUGGACUAACAGACAAGUAUUUACAACAAGAUGAGCUGGAUGCACAGGAACAGAGGGUGUAGAAGGAAUUGCUCAAACAAGAUUACUUCUAGAGUGAGUGGUGUAAAGUGGCACAAGAGGUAAGGGAAGGAUGUAUUUCAUGUAUGGGAAAAGUACCGUAUAUACUCAAGUAUAAGUCGACCUGAAUAUAAGUCGAGACCCCUAAUUUUACCCCCAAAAAACUGGGAAAACUUAUUGACUCAAGUAUAAGACUAGGGUAGGGAAAUGCAGCAGCUACUGGUAAAUUUCUAAGUAAAAUUAGAUCCCCCAAAAAUUAUAUUAAUUGAAUAUUUAUUUACAGUGUGUGUAUAUAAUGAAUGCAGUGUGUGUGUAUGAAUGCAGUGUGUGUGUGUGUGUGUGAUGCAGAGCCUUGGUGGGGGGGGUGAGCAUUUUUAUUACUUUUUAAAAUUAUUAUUAAUAUUUUUUAUUUUAAUAUUAUUAAAUUUUGUAUUUAUAUUUUUUUGCCGUCCCCCCUCCCUGCUUGUUAGCUGGCCAGGGAGGGGGGCUCUCAUUCCCUGGUGGUCCAGGGCUGUGCACUGUGUAGAAGGGGGUCUGGCAGUCAGCUGCAACUUACCUUUCCUGCAGCUCCUGUCAGCUCCCUGCUCCCUUCUCCUCCACUGUAAGUCUCGCGGCCGCGCGUAGCGUUCCCCGUGGCUCUCGCAAAAUUUACAGGGGAGCUGACCAGACCGGAGGAGAGAGAAGGGAGCUGACAGGAGCUUCAGGAAAGGUAAGUAAACGCUUCCUGCCAGCCCCCAACAGGACCGCCGGGCUUGUAAUGAGUCCGGCGGUCAUGGUCUGUAUUAUGUCAAUGUAAGUUGCCAUAAUACAGACAUUAACUCGGAAAUAAGUCGAGUGGGGGUUUUUCAGCACAAAAAAUUUGCUGAAAAACUCGACUUAUACUAGAGUAUAUACGGUAGGUUACUGGAAUAGUUUACAAUGAAGGGUUAGUUUUUUGGAUAACACAGUGGCAGGAGAGGAAGCAGGGGUGGGGGUACAGAGGUGUGGGGGGGGGUAAAAGUUUUACUAUGCUUUUAUAAAGAAGUGCACUUUUAAUGAUCUUUUGAAGAAACUGAGACUGUGCAAUGGGCUUAAAAAUAAUAUGUAAUAUGUAUGGGUGUAAAGGGAGAAAUAGUACUAGAAUGAGCACACGAAAACAUGUUGCAUCUCAAAAAAGCCUUGGUCCCUAAAGGGAUAUAAAAUUAAUAUUAUGUAUUAUGUGAAGGAAACUUAGUCAUCACUGAAUUAGCAGAUAGCUGGUGCUGAUUAAGAUCAGAAAGUACAAACAACAGAGACAUUCUGCAUUCUUUUUAAAGGGACGCUCCAAGCACCAUAACCACUAUAGUGCACUAAAGUGGUUAUAGUGUCAGGAGUGCCCUGGUACCCCAUCACACCAUUUCCAGUCUGAGAGCUGGAAGCUCUCUGCCUGAAGUCUUGUGAUGAAGGGCUUAGCAUUUUGGCUGACAGAGUUCAGAUCACGGUUUAGUUCAAUAGAACUAAUGGACGCUUCUAGCAGGAGCAUCUAAAUUUUAGACCGGAAGGAGAGAGGUGGGGAGCAGUGCCCCACAGAUGCCAGGUGAGGAAACACUCUAAAACAGUUUGACUACUAACAUUGGGUGUGCCAGGCAGGGCCGGCCUUAGGCAAUUAGGCACCCUGUGCGAAAAGUCUUCACGGCUCCCCACCCCGCACCAAGUUGCCUGAAUUCAGUAACACACGCAGGCACCAGGGACGUGUGUAUCGCGAGGCAAACAAGGCAUCUGCCUUGGACAGCACUUUGCAGGGGGCGGCAAAAAAAGCCGCCCCCAAACGCCCAGGCAGAUCCCUUGCUUGCUUCGCGUACUGGAGGGCUCAAGAGCUGGCCGGCUGGCCACCUUUGAGCCCCCCCGAGGCUGGCAGCGGGCAGCAAAGGAGCAUACUCACCUGAGCUCUUCCUGCUCAGCUCCCUCCGCGCCACUUAAUGAAGCCGGGAGCUGGACUAUGACGUCAGUCCGGCUCCCGGCAUCACUAAGCGCCGCCUACUCAGCCUGUGGACCCCUGCCUGCCCGCCCAGCAGCCACACUGGACUGCAGGUAAGAAAUCCACUCCAGCUCUCCCAGGGAAGCUGGGUGGAUUUAAAAUAAAUUGUAAAAAAUAUUAGUUUGUGAGUGUUAGUGGAAAUGUCUGUGUCUGUGAGUGUGUAUGUCUAAGUGAAUGUGUGUGUGUGUGUGUCUGUGAGUGAAUGUGUGUGUGUGUGUCUGUAUGUGUCUGUAAGUGUUUAUGUGUGUGUGUGUGUCUGUGAGUGAAUGUGUGUGUCGAUCAGUGAGUGUGUAUGUGUCGGUCAGUGAGUGUGUAUGUGUCGGUCAGUGGGGGCGUGCAUCUUUCAGUGAGUGCGUGCGUCUGUCAGUGAGAGUGUGCAUCUGUCAGUGUGUGUCCAAGUAAUAGUGUGUGUGUGUGUGUGUAUGUCAUUGUUUGUCAGUGUAUAUGAGAGUGUGUGUCUGUCAGUGAGUGUGCAUCUGUCAGUGAGUGAGUAUCUGUCAGUCAAAGUGCAGCGCGCGCAUUCAGCCAGUCUCAUAGGAAAGCAUUCACAAUGCUUUCCUAUGGACGAUGGCGUCUUCUCACUGUGAUUUUCACAGUGAGAAGCACGCAAGCGCCUCUAGCGGCUGUCAAUGAGACAGCCACUAGAGGCUGGAUUAACCCUAAUAUAAACAUAAAUGGACUUGGCACCCAGACCACUUCAUUAAGCUGAAGUGAUCUGGGUGCCUAUAGUGGUCCAUUAACAAAACCUACUGCAAUUCAAUAUAUUUUCCACUACAAAGUAGAACAGACUUCAGUUCCUAUCUCAAACUCCCCUUAGUUUAUCUGAAACAUGGGUUUAUAGCAUUCUUAAACUUGUCCCAGGGAAGAAAAAUAUGUUCAUGUGUUAAAUUGUUUUAAUGGUCUAUUAGUUUUAAAGUAUAAAACAAUAACUUUACUCUGGCCAUUAUAGUACCUCCAAUUUUUUGGAUAGGUGAUAGCUCAGAUGAACUAUCCAGGAAUAUUUGUUUUGUGGGGAUACUAAAUUGGGAAGGGGAGUUUUGGGGUACAGAAGAUACCCUGACACCAAUGUCUGAUAGAAUAUUGUUAGCUCUGAGCUGACCUUAUUAACUCUUAUCCGUCCUGACCCCCUGCUGGUUCAAUACACGUUGGCUGUGCAUAAAUAUGUGCAUAAAUAUGUGUGAGUUGGUUGAAUAAAGUACACUGUGUUUCGCUCUUUAUCAAGUCUUGGCUGAUGCUUGGAUGAGCUGCUGUAACUGCUCUGAAUAUCCUGCGGGAAAAGGAGGGAGGUUGGAGGAGAUACAAAGGUUAAGAACCGAGCUCUGUCACAGAACCCAUCUUGGGUUACCAGUCAUGUAUAUUUAAUGGAACACACUAAACACCAAAAACCCUGCUGGUGCAGAAUCUCCUGUUUUUCUAAACAAUUUUCAAGUUUUUUGACAAAAACUAGAGAUUAACCUGGCACCCAAACCCCAUCUUUUCUGAUUUGGACUCUAUAAAGUGGAUAUUUAACUUUUUCAUUAUAUGUACAAAUUAUUGUAACGUAGACUUUUAAAACUGAAGUACAUAGAGGACCCUGUGUAAGUUCCUUAACUCCUAAAUGUUAACAGAGAUUUGGCUCAUGCUCUGUUAACAUUGCUAUACUCCAGUACUCCAGCCAAUCUACAACUGUUAAUUUCCUGUUCGGUGUCUCACAGCAGUGACAGUGAAAGACAAUAGGUGGCGCUAUGGUACAGGAGUUGUUUGUGUUUUCCUUGAAGAAAAAGUGUCAAUUUUUUUCAAUGACGCUUGGCAAGUAGAAACUGUUCAAAUAUAAAGCUGGCAUUAUUUAGAUAUAGAUUUACUUUCCUAAAUGUUUCAUUUGUUUAUACAAUCUUUAUUUUUUCGUGUUUGAUUAACCCCUUAAGGACCAAACUUCUGGAAUAAAAGGGAAUCAUGACAUGUCACACGUCAUGUGUCCUUAAGGGGUUAAAUGUUUAAGAUACAUCAAACAUUUUUAAUAAGUUCAGAAAUUUCGUAUGAUGACGGGGAUACAAGAUUAGCAAGUUUUCAUCCAGAACUUUGAGUUAUCAGUGAGAUAGACAUUGAAAUGCGAUUGGUAAGCACAUAUUUGUUAUGAACAGGUUCGGGGACAAACCCAGGGCAAACAUAAAUUCAACAGGUUAGCAAGUAGUGUGCGCUGUGCUCCUGGGUUACUACAGGCAUGAGGUGUGAGGUAUGCUCCUUGUUUUUAGACAAGAAGAUGUAAGAGCGUAUAAGAGCGUGUGUGUGUGCGAUUUCAAGCUGAUACUUAUGUGUUUAGGAGAUGCCAGAGUACGUGUGCCAAAUGGGCACCAUGUACAGUAUGGUGGUCCAGGUAGUAUAGCUAUUGGCUGGCGUGAGUUCAAUGUGCCUGAGUAUUGGUCUGGCAUGCUUAAUGCUAACCUUGAGGGUGGCGGGUUUAGAGUGUUAAUUAAGAUGCCACCUGUCUCUAGAUAGCUGGAGGGUUUUGGCUUCCAUGUGUGAGGAAGGCAAGUUUCUUGCAAGGUGAAAAGUAAUUAAGCCAAUUCGUCUUUUAGGGGUUUGGGUUACCCCUCGUAUGUUUGGUAUACAAUGUGUAUAAGAGCAUACAGCAUGAAUUUAAAAACAACAUAUGAAAUAACAUUUUGUAAAAAAAACUUUGUAGGUAUUGUGAUCUUGGUAUCCACUAGGCUGAUCACAGUUUAGGAUGUCUCAGCUCUGGUCGGUUUCAGGUGUUUGGGAGUUGUAGGCUCCUUGUCAUCUUUCCGGUUGAGGUGCCGGCUUCAGGAUCCCAGUUUGCAAUUCGGUUUCCAUCUGUGGAGAAGGGUUGCCCUGGAUGUAGUCCUAGUGCACUCAGGAAAGCUAAUGCUCUGUUCGGGAAUGUGAGGUUGUGAGCAGUCCCAUUCCGGUGAACAAGUAGGGAGCCAGUGUUCCCCCAUCUAUAUGGUAUGUUAGCUUUAUGCAGGGUAAUUGUCACUGUUCCAACGGAUUUACGCCAGAGUAAUGUGGCUCUGGUGAGGUCUUGGAAGAAUAAGAGCCGGAAGUCCUCAAAUUCUAGUCCUGUUUUACCUGUCAAGGCUGUAAUUAUUUGUAUUUUGUUGUGUAUUGUUACACAGCAUAGGAUGACAUCCCAUCCAGGGUAAUUUUCUUUGCCACCGUUUGUGACAGGAUUAAUGUCAGGAGGCGCCAAAUGUAAUGCAGCAGUUCUUCAGUAGUGAUUGUGCUGGGUACGCCAUGGAUUUUUAUGUGUGUCCGGCGUUGUUUGUCUUCGAGGGACAUUAUUUGGACCGCCAGUACUUGUUGUUCAGUGUGUAGCUGUUGGACUGAGUCUGUUAGGGUGGUCACAAUAUUGUGGACAGUUGCUCUGUCUUCUUCUGUGGUUGUAACUCGGUCAGCGACCUGCUGUAUAUCUCUUUUGACCAGGGCUACAUCAGCUGCAAGUAGCUACUGGAUAUCCACCAAAAGUGCUUUCAGGUCCCCUUUGUUAGUGGGGGCUGAAUCCUCUGUUGAGACUGGGGGGGUUGGGAAGCUCGGCCUGGGGUGUCUGUGUGUCCAGGUUGCCCCUUUAUCUGACUCUGGGACGGGAGCCACAUUAGGCGGGUGUUCCAUAUGUGUUGGCGUGGCAUGUGCUGGCUGUAGCAGCAUUUACCCAAUGUCCCUACCUUGAUUGCCAAUGCCUGUAGUAGGUUUAGGAGUGCAGCGGCCCAUGGUUGGUGUGCCGGCAGGCUUGUUAGGCGGGGGAAUAUUCUAGGUGGUCGCGACUCUCUCCAGGUCCGAGGCUUAAGAGUGGCGUGCUGCGGUAGGCCGCGGAUUUGUGCCGCUGCCUGGGUUUCUUGGCAGCCUAAAAGAAAGGCAUCAGUCUGUGUGUCUCGUCAUUGUGGUGCAGGGUAGGUACUUUUUAUAGGUGGAUGGUGCCUAGUUAGGGCGAUGUUCAUCCGAAUUUGUUGGGCUUUCGGGGAGCAGGUAGAAAUGGCGUCUAGUCAGGAUGACUGUCAGGCUCCGCCCCUCUGUUUCAUUUGUUUAAUGUAUGCACUCCUCAAAUUCUUAUCAGAAAAUAAUCUGUUGUGUUAAUAUGAACAGUGAGGCUUAUCCAUUGAAACAGCUUAAAGGACCAUUAAAGUCACCCAGGUCACUUCAUCUCAAUGAUGUGGACGGCAUGCUGUGGUCCUGUCAGUAGAACCCAGUGGUUCCCAAACUUUUUAGGUUCAAGGCACCAUUUUAUUUCAAUAUUUUUCCAAGGCUCCCCACCAAAAAAAUUCUAGGUAGUAUAUAUGUACAGCACUGCGGCAUAUACUGAGACCUUGUUCAGCAGAAAUGUUUCCCAGUCAGGGGCCUAACCAGAACCUAAUCUUGGGAGGGGCACUGGUAGAUUAUUUAAGGAAACGAUCCAGGCACAAUAACCACUACAGCACUCUGUAGUGGUUAAGGUGCCAAGAGUGCCACAGUGCCCUCCCAGGGUAAGUAGUCAAACUGUUUACCAGUAGUAUGAGGGGUGAAGUGUGUGUGUGUGUGUGUGUGUGUGUGUGUAUGAAGGGUAGACAUGUGCAAUUAGUUUCGGUCCGAAUAUGAAUUUGGACGAAUUUCGGGCAAUUCGGACAUUCGGGUACUUCCGAAUGUCACAAUUGCCGAAGUGCCAAAUUCCAGAGGUCCCGAAAUUACUAAAUUUCCGAAGUGUCGAAGUACAGUAUUGCCUAAGUACUAAUAUACUUACCGAGUGAAAGAAGAAGAAUGUUACAUUGUAUACAAUUUUAAAUAAAAAGUAUACAAACAUGGCCAGGAUUCAGCUGUAAGCAUUUGCAACACUUACAACAAUCAAGUAACAUACAUUCAUAUAAAAUGUAAGUUACUUAGCCUGUCAAUGUAUUGACAGGAAUGAAUAAGUAGAUAACUCCCUAAUUUCCACGGUAUUAGGGAGCUAUCUACUAAAAGGUCUUUCAGACAAAUUUACUAAUACUAAGUAAAGAUUACUUAGUAUUGGUAAAUUAUGCCCGUACUCGCUAUACCGCAAGUAGGGGCAUGUCUAUUAAACAGUGAGCAGCCUAUUGCCCCCCCCCCCCGGCCCCCACUCCUGAGCGGUGGGUGGGGGCCCUAAUGUAAAAUGAUGGGAGGAACCUAUUGUCCUCCCCCCGGGCCCCCACCCCUGAGCGGUGGGCAGGGGCCCUAAAUUAUAAUAAAGGGGGGACCUAACGUCCUCUCCCCUGGCCCCCACCCCUGAGCGGUGUGUGGGGGCCCUAAAUACUAAUAGGGGGGGACCUAAUGUCCUCCCCCCUGGCCCCCACCCCUGAGCGGUGGGUGGGAGCCCUACAGUAAAAUAAGGGGGGGACCUAAUGUCCUCCCCCUGGCCCCCACCCCUGAGCGGUGGGUGGGGGCCCUAAAUACUAAUAAGGGGGGACCUAAUGUCCUCCCCCCUGGCCCCCACCCCUGAGCGGUGUGUGGGGGCCCUAAAUACUAAUAGGGGGGGACCUAAUGUCCUCCCCCCUGGCCCCCACCCCUGAGCGGUGGGUGGGAGCCCUACAGUAAAAUAAGGGGGGGACCUAAUGUCCUCCCCCUGGCCCCCACCCCUGAGCGGUGGGUGGGGGCCCUAAAUACUAAUAAGGGGGGACCUAAUGUCCUGGCCCCCACCCCUGAGCGGCGGGUGGGGGCCCUAAAUACUAAUAAGGGGGGGACCUAAUGUCUUCCCUCUUGGCCCCCACCCCUGAGCGGCUGGUGGGAGCCCUAAAAAAAUGUUAACCCCCCUCCCAGGUGACUAGGGGUCCCCAAACCCCUAAUCACCCCCUCCCCCCCAAAAAAAUUAACCCUCUACCUACCCCCUCACCCUAAAAAUAAUGAGGGGGGGACCUUUAACUAAAUACCUGUAAAAAAAAUUAAACUUACCAUUCGAUGUUUUCUUCAUCUUCUUUUUUCAGCCCCAAAUAAGGCCAAAUAAAAAAUUCAUAAUAACCGACGCACUUAAAUAAAUAAAUAAAUAAAUAAACCAAGCGCAAAAAAAAUAAAUAUAUUUCUACACCCGGCGAGGGCUCCGCGCAGACUGAGCUCUGCAGGGCGGGGCAAGGCUUAUAAAGCCUUGCCCCGCCCUGCAAUUAGGCUCAGAGCACUCUGAUUGGUGGGUUUAAGCCAUCCCAUCAGAGUGCUCUGACAGGUAAAUGAAGGACUCUCUGAUUGGUGGAUUAAGUAAUCAAUCAGAGAGUUAUGAGUCAAAUUACACAGCAUUUCAAACCAACCAAUCAGAGUGCUGUGACAGGUAAAUGUAGAGACUUACCUGUCAGUCCCUUCAUUUACCUGUCAGAGCACUCUGAUUGGAUCAGACCCACCAAUCAGAAUGGUGUGAGCCUAAUUGCAGGGUGGGGUAAGGCUUUAUAAGCCUUUCCCCGUCCUGCAGAGCUCAGACUGCGCGGAGCCCUCGCCGGGUGAAGAUGGAUUUUUUUUUUUUUUCGCUCGUUUUUUUUUGUGCGUCGGUUAUUAUGGUUUUUUAUUUGCCCUUUUUUGGGGGCUGAAAAAAUAAGAUUUUAGAAGAAAGAAAACAUUGAAUGGUAAGUUGUUUUUUUUUUUUGUUACAGGUACUUCGUUAAAGGUCCCCCCCUCAUUAUUUUUAGGGUGAGGGGGGUAGGUAGGGGGACAAUUUUUUUUGGAGGGAGGGAGGGGUGACUAGGGGUUUGGGGCCCUAAAGUAAAAUGAUGGGGGGGACCUAUUGUCUUCCCCCCUGGCCCCUACCCCUGAGUGGUGGGUGGGGGCCCUAAAUAAUGACAUUAGGUCCCCCCACCCUUAUCAGUAUUUAGGGCCCCCACACAGGGGUAGGGGCCAGGGGGGAAGACAAUUCUCCCCAUCAUUUUACUUUAGGGCCCCCACCCGCCGCUCAGGGGGUGGGGGCUUGGGAGGGGGGACCCUAUUUUGUUUUUGUUUUUUUUACUGUUUACUAGACAUGCCCCUACUCGCGGUACAGCGAGUAGGGGCAAAAUUUACUAAUACUAAGUAAUUUUUACUUAGUAUUAGUAAAUUUUGCUGAAAGACCAAUUUAGGUCUUUCAGCCUUUUGGUAGAUAACUCCCUAAUACCGUGGGAAUUAGGGAGUCAUCUACUAAGCGGCUGCAAUAGAAGUGCCGAAGUCCCGAAAUACCGAAGUUCCAAAGUGUCGAAGUGCUGAAGUUGCCGAAUUUCCGAAGUGUCGAAACAUCUCUCCGCUGCCCGCCACCUCCGCAUGUUUUUUCUUCUGACCAAAAUCAUGCCCCCGUCCCACAUGAUACUCAGACUUUCUUCGGUGCGAAAAUUGACCCGUGGCCCCCCCCCCGCGCUUACGCUGCACGGGCUAGGGCCGCACACAUGGCCGCGGGCACCUGGUCGCAAGGCUGCGACCACUGCGACCGCGGUAUGUACGCCAGUGCAUGCAGAUACACACACACUUAAAGGACCAUUACAGACACCCAGAUCACAUCAGCUUAAUGAAGUGGUCUGGGUGCCAUGUCCCUCUAGUUUUAACCCUAGCGCUGAAAACAUAGCUGUUUCAGAGAAACUGCUAUGUUUCACUGAGGAUUAAUUCAGCCUCUAGUGGCUGUCUCACUGAAUUCUGCGAUUCUCACUGUGAAAAUCACAGUGAGAAGACGCUGGACGUCCAUAGGAAAGCAUUGAGUAAUGCUUUCCUAUGGGCGGUUUGAAUGCGCGGGCGGCUCUUGCCGAGCAUGCGCAUUUGAAGCUGAGAGGCGGAUUGGGGCGGAGGGAUCCCCAGCGCCAAAGGAGUCCAGCACUGGAGAAAUGUAAGUGCUAUGGGGUUUUAAACACACACACUCACGAACAGAUGCAUACACACUAGCUAACAGACACACACAUUUACUGACAGAGACACACUCAGCGAUAUACAUAUAUACACACUCACUGACAGACAGACACACAUACACACUAACAGACACACACAAACUAACACACUCAGUAACAGACACACACAGUAACACACUUACUGACACACAAACUAACACACACACUGAUACUCACUAGCAGACACACACUCAAUAACAGACACACACAAACUAACACACACAAAAACUAACACACUCACUGACACUAGCAGACACACACAUGUGUUAAAACUAACACAUGUUUUUUUAUUUUUAUUUAAUCCCCCAGCCUCCUUACCUUUGGGAGAGCUGAGGGGAUUACCUGGGGUCCAGUGGUGCUGCUGGGCGGCCGGUCCUGUGGGUGCGCGAGGGAGCACUCUCCCCUGAGUGCUCUCUGCCCUGCUCCCUCGCGCGCCACGUACUGAUGCCAGAGCCAGAAUGACGUCAUAUUCCGGCUCCGGCAUCAGGGAGCUGGGCAGAGAGCGCUCAGGGGAGAGUGCUCCCUCGCGCGCCCACAGGACCGGCCGCCCGAUGACACCAGGGCCAGCCUCGGGGGGCCUGAGGUGGCCAGCUCCUGUGGACACACUGGAGUACAUACCAGCUCGCAGGGGGGCAGCGACCUUUGCGCCCCCGUAUGUACGCCACUGGCUAGAAGUACAGGUUUGUAUUCCUAAUGCUUUAGUGUUUAUUUAAUGCAUAUGUAUUGUAACCUAGCCUAUAUUUUCUGGGAGAAGAUUCAUAAAUCUUAUAUGGUAAAUAUUAAAAUGUACACUUGGGUGUGCCAUGGGGUUUCAUAGUUGUUGUUAAGCCAUCCUUUUUUUUGUGGUGGAUUGUUUUUUUUCAACUCGAAAAUCAUCUAGUCUCUCAAUAUUGGUGACUUCUUCUAUGCCAUCUUGUUUACUGUGGUUCUCUUUUCCGUACAGAUUGUAAAUGUUCCCCUGAUGUCACCAGAAGCCUCACAGAUCCAAAGCAUGUUCACCAAGACAUUGUCAGGCUUUGUGGUGAAGAAGAUCGGUCGUAUACAGAAUCCGUCCCUUUGGAAGCUUUAUCAGUGGUAUGUGUCAACCUCUGAGAAUUCUUGCUUCGUUAACUUCUACCUGCCUUCACUCAAAUAGUUCCAUGGUUCUUGCUAUAAAUAUAUACUGCCAGUGUGUAUUUCCAAAGUAUCCUUUUAGACUCAGAAUCUAUAUUGUUUAUAGGAAGAAGGGUCAGAUGAAGAAGGCAAAUAAUGGGGCAGAAGUGGAUGAGAAGAGGCUGUUUCGUGGGACUGACAAUACUUACAUUACACACAUUUGUCAUGAAAACUUUGACUGGCGAACCUGUGGGACCCAUGGUACCCUGUAUGGACAAGGUAACUGUUAAUGCAAUUGUAGAAUGGUGAAAUUGUUUGGAAUACUUAAUUAAAGGUACACUCCAAGCACCAUGCCCAUGACAGCGAACUCCCAGUGAAACUAGUCAACUAUUUUAGAAUGGUUUCACUUCUUACCUGGAGUAUUCUGGAGCCCAUUCCCACCCUAUUACUUCUGACAGAAAGCCAGAAGCUGCUCAACAGGAGCUUCCACUGGUUCUACUGAUCUAAUCCCUGACUGAAGUGUCAGUUGCAGGGCUUAGCUCAGAUAGAGAGCUUCUGGCUCUGUAUUGGAGGAAGUGGAGGGUUGCACCCGGAGGACCCCAGGUAAGAAGUCAAACCUUUCUAAAACUGUUUGACAACUCAAAAUUGGAGUCACCAUGGUACUCCUGUAGUAGUUAUGGUGCUUGGAGUGUUCCAUUAAACAAUAACAGUAAGUAAGAGAACCAGAUGGACUAUUGUAAGUCUUUGCAUGGGCUUUUCAUGAUCUAGAAUACCUGCAUUUGGAAUAUAUAUAUUCUUGCUCUGAUGGUCAGCAAGUUGUGGUGCUAUUAUUUGCAAGAUCUCCAGAUCUAUUUAUAAUACUGCUCUUACGUUUUACCCUACAGGAAGUUACUUUUCUAGAGAUGCCUCUUACUCUCAUAACUAUUCACCAAAAAACAGUGAUGGUAAAAGGACAAUGUUUGUGGCCCGUGUGCUAAUAGGAGAUUAUAUAACUGGGAAUGUUAAUCUAAGACGGCCACCGUCCAAAUCUGGGAGCAUGACCUACUUUUAUGACAGCUGUGUGGACAACAUAUACCAACCGACUAUCUACGUGGUGUUUGAAAAACAACAGAUUUAUCCAGAAUACCUUAUAGAGUAUGAAGAGGAAGAGAAGAAGUCCUGCUGCAUUAGCUAA